AUGCCGUUCAGCGCCAUGCUUGCGUGUCUUACGUCUUUGGCAUCGCUGGGAUUAAAGAAUCUGCGGAUGCAGAGAGUUGGUAAAUUUCAGUGUGGACCAGGCUACGAGUACUUCGAGAACCUGAUGGCUUUCGUGUUGUUCGAACCUGUGCGGACUGAUACAGACCCGCCUGAUGAUAUAACUAUCGCGGUAUCAAUGAUGCUCAAUACGCAGUAG